AUGGACCUGUUCGAAACGCUGGGGCUGGGCCCCCGUCAGCCGGAGGAAAACGAGGUAUACAUUGCGAUUUACGAGGACCCCGUAGACUCGGCCGCCACUGCCGCCAUCGACGCUGCCGCCACCGCGCCUAGAGACGGUGGUAGCGGCGGCGGCGGUGGCGGCAGCGACGAUGCCAACGGGGAUUCUAAAGCAGCAGCACGUACGGCGCCGUACGGUGAUGACUCUGCCCCGUGCAGCAGCUCGGCCGAAGGAGGAGGUACUGGUGGGCAGCCGUCGGGCACUUCUGGCGGCAGCGCAGCCGACGGCGGCAGGGAGGGUUGCGUGUGGGCUGUCGUACGGUUCGGUGAUGCUGUGGACGACGAGUGGUGGCUGGUGUGGCUGCUGCUGCGGAUGUCCCGGGACCUCCAGAACCUAUCCGUACAGGUGGUGUGGGUGUGGGAUAACGACGGGCAGUUCCUCCUGAUCGAGGCUGCCUACGCCCUGCCGCGCUGGCUCAAGCCCGAGAUCUCAGACAACCGCGUGUGGCUACGCCGCGGCCAGAUGCACAUCAUUCCGCUUCCCAGCACUGCAGCCCCAGACCUGCCGGCCAGUCCAACCGUGGCUCAGGCGCUGGCGGUGCUGCGAGAGGCCAGGUUCGCCACCGCGAGUCUGCGAGUACAGCGGCCCAUCGACCAGCGGCUGGAGGGCUACCCAGCUCGGGCGCGCCGCGAGCAGCAGCAGGUGGCCCGCUGCUUGCUGCCGGGGCCAGUGGCGGCGGCGCUGCAAGCCGAGCCGCAGUUGGUUUCGCAGCUCGUCGAGGCGUUCUACCUUAGGGAUGCGGACGACAUGCGUGCCGCCGCACGCAUGCGCUUCCUGCCGGCGGCCCUGGAGCGCUCCCCGGUUCUGGUGCGCAUGACUCGCUGCCACUACGCCCAGUUGGCGGCACAGCGCUUCUCCGCGCCGCGCGGCCUAGCCAUGCCGCCGCCGGACAGCCCGCUGGCCAAGGCGGCCGAUCUGGGGCUGAAGCUGACGGUGGCAGCGGAGAUUCUCUGCGCAAGGCACGCCCCCGCAGUGCUUCAGCAGCAGAAGCAAAAGCAGGGGAAUGGGGAGGCGGAGGCUGCGGGCACCGGGGCCCAGAGUGAGGCGCACUUCGCGGGGAACCCCUGCUGGGGGCGGUUCAAGGCCUCUUUAGAAAGCAACGGCUACUUCCAGGGCCACAUCCCCGGCUCAAGAAGAUACAAGGAGUUGCUGGCGGCGGCUCUGGAGAUAUAUGCAGCCGGGCUCACCGCUGAGGGUGACGACGGCAGUAGCAGCGGCAGCAGCAUGCCUCAGAGCUGUGGCGGCGGGGUGGCGCUACUCCGGGACCCCGGUGGACGGCUUGCAGAGGCGGUAUUGGGGAAGGUGGCCGAUAGCGGCAGGGUUGAGAAGGCAACAG